AUCUCUAAUUUCUCUCAUUUCCUUAAAAAGUAUGCUAACUCUUAUAUAUACGUUAAAAAUAUUAAAGAACAGGAGUAUAAAUAGUCAACAUUGAGCAUUGAUCAGUAUGAAAGUUUAAUGAUAAGUAUGAAAGCUUAAAAAAAAUGGUUGUAGUCGACAUUGAACAACGUGUAAGCUACUUGGAUCUAACGUGCAGUAAUUAUAUUUUUUGUUUGUUUUGGAAGACGGAAUCCUUAGAUGAACUGGCAGCAUCAGUAACAAAAAGGGGCUUACCACAGGAUUUGCAGAAUCCAAAAUUUCAGUUAUUUUUCCAAUUCAAGUUUGAAAUUUCAAGAUAAAAGGUCGCAGCUUUGUGAUUCGUCAUUUUAGUUGUUCAAAUAUUGUAAUGGAUGUGAAUAAGGAAGAAGCGACUCAUGAUCCUCCUUUGCUUCCUUUGGACCUACUCCAUAAGAUCUUCUUAUUACUGCCCUACAAAUUUCUUCUUCGUCUCAAGUGUGUUUCCAAGUCAUGGUACCAUGUAAUCAAUAGUCCCGAUUUCAUCAAACUUCAUCUAAGCCAUUCCCUCAAAUCAAACUCUAAUAAGACCCUCAUCCUCUAUGCGCAUAAUUCUCUUUACACUUUGGAAUUCCAUGAUCUCCCUUGUCGUGUCAUUGAACUUCCGUACCAUCAAGCAAUGGCUUACUACCCUUUACCUAAACAACAAGAUUUUGAAAUAAUGGGAUCAUGCAAUGGCUUACUUUGCAUCAAGUUCAACAAUGAUAAACUUGCUCUUUACAAUCCCGCCACUCAAGCCUACAAAGGAUUGCCUAACGUCCCUUCAACGAGAGGGUGCAGGACACUAUACCCAGAGGUUCAAUUUUCUUAUGAUUGCAUUUCCGAUGAUUAUAAGAUUUUAAGGUUUGCACAAUCGCCGAUCCCUAGUUAUGGAAAACCAGAGUGGAUCACUUUCCUAUAUAGUUUGAAAAUCAAUGCAUGGGAGAUCAUUCUAAACCCUCCUUGGGGUUGGCACUCUAUCAAACUCCCUUGUAUUAUAUAUUUUGAAACGAGACUGCCUAGUAUUCUAGUAAACAAUGCUUUGCACUGGAUUGAUCGAAACCGUAAAAACAUUAAGUGUUUUGAUCUCUUCACUCUAAAAUAUUAUGAGAUCGCCCUUCCAGAAGAUAUUACUCCCUAUGAUUACUUCUUUUUGGCAGUUCUAAACGAACAAUUGAUCAUAUUAACAUCUUGUUUGGAUAUAUGGUUAAUGAAGGAGUAUGGUGUGCGACAGUCUUGGACUCAGUUAUUUCGUCGCCCAUCUAUACCUUUUAAGCCUGCGUACAGUCUUUGGAAUCAUGGGCUGAGUCUUGCUUGCACGAAAGAUGGGUGCAAAAUCCUAGUUGUGUCUAUGGGAGGACCACUAAACUUCAUUUGUUGUGAUUUAGAAUCUCAAGAAGCUAAGAAAGUUGAAAUUCCAGGUUUAUCAAUACCAAGUCGAUUCUCAGCAGUAUUGCCAUGGGUGGAAUCUCUUGUUCCCUUAUCAAACUAGUUGAUGGGUGUAUCAACAAAAUUGAAGGGAAGAACAAAGAACUAGCAUGAUAAAAAUACAUUCCCCUAUGUUCCCUAAGUUGUUCUAUUUUGACUUCUGCAUUGUUUUAUUACAUUUCAUCCUUUCAGUCUUUGA